GAUGUGUACAGGUGUAUAUGUAAGCGUGUGCAUGUGCGAUAGGAGAAUCCUUUUAGUUCCAAGGAAGCGCUGCAGAGGGCAGGGCCCUGCCAGGCACUCUCUGGACAAGGCUCUGCCCUGGCCUUUGUGUAGCUCACAGGUGGAAUUAACUCCCCAGACCCCCCUGUGGGCCGAGGGACCUUUUGUUUUUCAGGGACCAGUGGCCUCCAAGAAAGGCAAAUCUGACAAUUAACUGGCAGAAAGCAACUGAAUUACAUUUCUUAGGGAGAAAAUAUCCAAUUCUGCUGCUUCAGAAACAUAGAACCCUGUAAAUCUUAUUCCACAUGUUUCAAAAACACUCAAAUCAUUUGCGUAUGCUACUUUAGAAAUAAAAAUAAAGAAAAAUCUAAUACAGGUUAAAAAGAAAAAAAAACACUAAGAAUGCAUUCAAUUUUAUGUAAAGUCAGUUGGGAAAAGUAGGAAAGAGAAAAGGAAGGGCGGGGGAAGGAGAAACAUGGAGGGAGACGCCGUGCAGCAGCCGCCGGAGCCCUUGUGUGAUCCGGCCGUGCUCCAGUUGCCUCACGUUUACAAAGUUCAAGUGUUUAGGAUCAAACCCAAGCAGGGUUUAGCAGCGUUGAGACCCUGGAUGUGAGAAAGAAGGAACAGAAGAGGAGGUGAAAGAUUGUUGCAGUUUUGCUUACCAAACUGCAAGGAUCAGGAAGACCAUGUGGGCAGUGGAGUGAGCACUGUCCAAGGAGUCCCCAGGGUAUAAGCCUGGCUCUGGCGCUGACCCUCUGUCUGACCUGCUAUAAGCCCCCUCUCCUCCCUGAGCCUCAGGUCCUCCAUUUUUAACAAGUGUGUUUGACUAGAUGAAGUCUAAAGCCAUUUCUGCGUUGGUGAGGCAAGCCUGGCCCCACACUUGAGGCCCAGAGGCUUUCUCAAGAUGGAGAGGAGGUUGGCUCUGGCCUGCAAUCACUGAAGCCAAGAGCCCCCUUCCCCAUGGGUCCAAAGUGGGGUUUCCUCUUUCAUGACUCGGGGCGAGCAAAUGAACUUGUACAGGUAUGGAUGAAACGCUAAGUGGAUAUCUCCUAUUUUUUUCUCCCUUUAAAACAUCUGUUUUGUCAAGUCCUCGUUCCUGUUUCUCCCUUUCACACUGUAUGUUCAGUAACCUGCUAGUAAGGUCAUGGGUUGUGUAAAUUUAUCUGUUAAACCUCAGAUUCAGGAAAUAGGUUGAGUAGUUCAUAGAAGCUAAAAUAGCUACAGUGCGAUCGCUAUUUGUGGUAUAUGAAUGUGAGUUAUUUUUUUAAAAAACUGGUGACUUACAGGUUGCCGAGUCCAGACAUGACCCCGAAUUUUUCAAAGUAUUCCCAAAUUUUUAAUUAUAUUAAUAACAGUGAAUUAUGUUAUUCAGUAUACAUUUAGCACCCAUUAAUUCAUUCUAACUAUUUGGAUAUCAUCUUUAUAUACAUUUUUCAUCCCACAGACAACCUUCUAAGGUGAUAUUUUCAUUUCUCUUUUAAAGAUAAAGAAAAGGAAGGUUUUAAAAUUUGCUUUAAGACAUAGGACUGGAAAUAGGGCACCAGGAUUUGGUUGACGUCUGCCUGGCUCUAGAAGUUCUACACAUUUCCAUACCACACACUGCUUCCAGGCUACAAUUAUAUUUUAUUUUUUUAAGAAAGUAAAAUCCUUUUUCCUGCCAUGACUGGAGUCUCUUAAGCCUCAGAAAAUAUGAUCAUAGCUUCAUUUCUUUGCCUUUUUCCAGAAUGGAGUCCCAUGGUGUUCCCUACUUUAAUGUAAAUUUCAUGCAAAUAGUAUAUGGUAUUUCUAUUUAACAAACUUUGACCAUGUAUUCCCAAAGUGACAGACAGUUUUCUGGAUACUUGCAGAUGUGUCAUUCAUCUGGAAAUAUCCAGAAAUACAUGGUCAAUGGAAGAAGUCGUGCUCUUUAUUAUGUAGAGGACAAAACCAAGACUCAGAGAGAUGCAGCAUUGUGGCUUGCUUUGUGAAUCAAUGAUUCACAGACUACAGUUUAUAGAGUGCUUGGGGUUGUGCCUUGCCCUGGAACAGAAGCACUCCUUGUUGAACCAGGAGAUCCAGUUGACUCACCAGCUUCCACCUUGCAGGGCUGGGGUCCCCAGCGUCUGUCUGCUGCUCAUAACUCAAUCUGCUGGUUGCGGAGAAAGGCAACUUCCUCUUGUCUCUUCCCAUGUUGUUUCAGCCUGCACCACUGUUGGCUCAUUUUAGCUCACCUAAGCUCCUUUUUCAGUUUCAUGGCUCAGCCUCAACUUGCAAAUACUAUGCAUUAGCUUCGUAUUACAGAAGAAAAAAUGGUAAUGUGAUUUACCCAGGAUCACACAUGAGCUACAUCCUCUUUUCAAAAUGUCCUUUCUUUGCCUGGGCAGACUCUGAGAUUCACUUCUGGUGUAGCAUUCGCUGGAAACCUUCCCCAGUUCCCCAUCAAAUUCAUCCAUCAUUCAUGCAUCAACUUAUUCAACAGAUAUUUAUUGAGCAUCUACAAUGAGUCGCACACUUCUCUUGGUCUGUUUCUGGGGAUUCAGCAGUAAACCAACACACAAAACCCUGUAACCCAUGGAGCUUAUAUUUUGUUGGGGAAAUAUGGACCAUAAACACAUAAACAAGUAAAAUGUACAUCAUGUUCAAUGGUGACAAGUUCCAUGAAGAAAAAUGAAGCAGAGGUGGAUACACAGAAGGAUAGGUGGAUGACGGGAAGUUUGGGGAAAGAGUUGCUAUUUUAAAUAGGGUUGCCAGAAAAGGUGAGGAUUGAACGAAGGCCUCAGGAAGUGAGAGAAGAAUCCAUGUGGCUAACAGGGGGAAACUGUUCCAAGCAGAGCCUCAGCGAGGGCCAAACCAGGGUAGAGUGUGCCUGGCCAGGUGAAGAAACUGCAGGGAUGCUAGGGCUGGAGCUGAGCGGACGAGUGGCCGGUUGCAGGCCAUGGGGUCAUGGAGACAUCACAGGCCAGCCUGUGAUUUCAAGGCCCUCCUGGCGUUCCCUCUGACCCAGAACAUUUUUGCUGUUUCCAGUUCACUGGCUUGUUCUCACGCUGGCCUGUGCACCACGCAGGGCGGGUCCAGGCUUGUCCUCAAUCUUCACAUCCCCAGCACAUAGCACAGGGUCUGGACUAGAAAGAAAGCACAGCUUUUAUGAAGACCUCUGCUCCUAUUUAUUUUUUAAGUCAAAGAGUCCUAGUUAAAUAUUAUUUGUGAUUUUUUUCUUAAUAAACAUGGGAACUUGGAAGAAAUGCUGGCUCUAAAUCCCAGUUAACCAGCUGGACAACCAUCAGACGGGCAGGAUUGUGCUAAGGAAAGUAUAAGGUGCCAGGAAAAAAGCUGGAAGUGAAAAGCUGUGGAGAGGAGAGUGUUAAUUGCAGUCCAGAGGAAGAGGGCUUCUUCAGAAUCCCCGGGGAUUAACAGCUCGCCGGAUCCCUGCUGGGGACUGGUGUUUAUAAAAAGUGACCGGAGGCUGGAACAGGGAGGCUCUCGAGAAACCCUCAAAGUGUGUCAGGAUUUCAGCCAGGACUUUCCAUUCCCACUUUGCUGACGCACAGGGUAGCAGGGGGAGCCUGUGGGACCUGGAAGACUCUCUGGAGACCUUUCCAGAAAGGAAAAAAAAAAAAAAAAAAAACCUACCCUGGUAGGGCCUUUCCUCUCACAGAGCAAAAUGCUAGUCUCUGAGAAGCUUUAGUUUCUUCAAAUGCAGGGAAAAAUCCUUGCAAAUGUAAUGGGACUGCAACAAGGGGAGAGAGGAGGGCUAAGAAAAAAAAGCAUUUGGCCCAGUGACACAUCAGGGUUGAGGACCUCUGAGGGCUGCCAGCUCCCACCUCAUAUCCUCUCUGAAUCCUGCUCCUCGGGACAGUGGCUUACAGCAACCUGUACCAACCUGGAGCAGGUGGCACAAGCAGCUCAAUAGGAUUGGAGUGUGAGGGGGUAGCUAGAGCUCAGUGAAGACUGAAGCUAGAGGACAUCCUGAAGCUGUGGGAAACUAUCAGGGAAUUUUCACAAAGGAGCAAUGGAAAUGGAUUUCCCACCAGAGGUACCUGUGGGUUUCAAAGGAUGGACCUCAUAGUUAGAAAGUUGCCGAGCGUUCAUUACCCGGAGUUGGGGAGGGAAGAUUGCUUUCAGCUGCUGGAUCAGAUAAUAGGCUUGCUUAAAAAUAUUAAAAAAGGGAAAAGCAAAGACUUGCCUUUUCCUUGUUCAAUAACUGCUUUUUGAGAACUGGCUGUGCUUAGGUGCUGGAGCUGUUCCAGCAGAUAAACCUUGCCCUCAUUGAACCCAUUCCAAGGGGCCUCCCUGAAGAGGCUUACCUGAAGGUACUUGAGGGAAGAUGACUGGAAUUUCCUGUGUUCCAUUGUACGUAACAAGUUUAUAAAAUGGGGAAAUUUAAAAAAAAAAUCACUGCACCUGAUAUUAAAAUAAUAUAAAGUUACUUCUUGGUCUGCCAAUGACCUGCUCAAAGUCACUGGACCGCCUCCCUGGGCCUUCAUCUGCUCAUCCUCCAGUGGAGCCAAUCUUCCUUCCUGCCUCCCUUUCAGGAAUAUUUUGAAGGUACCAAGCUUUGAAAACAAGUUGAAAUCUCUGUGCAAAUUGCAGGGUGUGACUCACAUGCCUGUGAGGGACCCGUGUUCACAAGGUACUACCUGGUGAGUGGUUUUGGGUGAAGGAUAGAGUCUGUUCACAGAUCAGUUUUUAUCAAGUUUACUUCUCCAGGUUUGUCUGCAAUGGUUUGGGGUUAUUUUUCCGGUUGUCAGAAAUACUUUUCCUGAUUUUAUAUUAGUAUUUGGCUUCUGCAAUGCAGUGCAGUGCUUUACAAACAUGCACACGUAUAUGUUUACCUAAUUGCUGUAGGAUGAUAAUUUAAUGUAGUUGAUAUGACAGUGUAAAAAGGCCAAGGCCAGGAUUGUUGCUCCAGGUACGAGGAGGCUUGAAACAGCAGCUGUGGGUACACAGGAGUGGAAGGUGUUAGAAGUCAGCCUAGCUUGGGUCAGGGUAGGAAACCAAGGGUGUGAAUUGUCAUGGAAAGCCACAUGCAAGGUGCCAACCCUCCCAGACCGCCCAGAAAUAGCUGUUGAAAAUUGAGCUUUCUGGUGAAAAGAUCAGCUGCUGCGGAAUGCCUUCCAUAUAGGUCAGCAAGUGGGGCCAGAGAGCAUAGAGCGAGCCUGAAAUGUGUCUAAAUAAAUGAUUAUGGUGACUCACUGGCUCCCAUUGAAAGGAAUUUUUUUUUUUUUUUUAAAGUGAAAGUAAGAGAGAAUGAAGACAAUAAAGCAAAGCAAAGGAACAAUAAGGUUUGAAUUUAAAACAAUAGAAGCAAGAAAAUUGAAUUAGUCACUCAUGUCAAAUCGUGUGAGCCUCUGUCCUGAAUUGCUACCUCCCUUCUUGACUUGCAUGAAGGUCAUGGUCUUUCUGUCUGAAUUUCCUGGUGAAAUAACACACCCUCUGAUUGUUGCCAUUCCCGGUGCCGGCUCCAGGCAUGGAAUGGGCAUUCCGAGAUAUUUGUCACAGAGCCACUACAGAGCUUGUCUGUUGAGUUCAGGAAGCCUUUCCAUGGCCAGAGAGGAGCAUCCAGUCUCUCUGAGAUAUUUAGUGUUGCUUUGUGGAGCCUCUGAGUGUGAGAGCUGGGGCUGCCAGCCCGUGAAGCUUAAUGGAAAAUGUUCUGCAUUUGUUCUAUUGCAGGCUUGUUGGUAUGUUGCUGCAUCAUCUGUGAUAUCAGGAACUGGCUCAUAUACCAGUGAAACCUUUAUGAUUUGCUAGUGUUUUAAUCAAUCUGCAGUUUGCGGAGAUUUUUACAUUAAGCAGGGUGCCACCAUCUGAAGGACAGAAAAGCUACAGGACUCUAGGAGGCCACAGUCCUGAUUUAAGCCCGACUUACUUUGGCCAGGCAGCAGCUAAGCUGGUUCAUUCCAUCAGCCUGGAUUGGUGAAACUGAAUCACAGGAGAUAUUUCCAGGUUUGCUGGGAUGGGAAACCUGCUCAAAGUCCUUACCAGGGAAAUUGAAAACUAUCCACACUUUUUCCUGGAUUUUGAAAAUGCUCAGCCUACAGAAGGAGAGAGAGAAAUCUGGAACCAGAUCAGCGCUGUCCUUCAGGAUUCUGAGAGCAUCCUUGCAGACCUGCAGGCUUACAAAGGCGCAGGCCCAGAGAUCCGAGAUGCAAUUCAAAAUCCCAAUGACAUACAGCUUCAAGAAAAAGCUUGGAAUGCAGUGUGUCCUCUCGUUGUAAGACUAAAGAGAUUUUACGAGUUUUCCAUUAGACUUGAAAAAGCUCUUCAGAGUUUACUGGAAUCUCUAACUUGUCCACCCUAUACACCAACCCAACACCUGGAAAGGGAGCAGGCCCUGGCAAAGGAGUUUGCCGAAAUUUUACAUUUUACCCUUCGAUUCGAUGAGCUGAAGAUGAGGAACCCAGCUAUUCAGAAUGACUUCAGCUACUACAGGAGAACAAUCAGUCGCAACCGCAUCAACAACAUGCAUCUAGACAUUGAGAAUGAAGUCAAUAACGAGAUGGCCAAUCGAAUGUCCCUCUUCUAUGCAGAAGCCACACCAAUGCUGAAAACCCUUAGCAACGCCACAAUGCACUUUGUCUCAGAAAACAAAACCCUGCCAAUAGAGAACACCACAGACUGCCUCAGCACCAUGACAAGUGUCUGUAAAGUCAUGCUGGAAACUCCGGAGUACAAAAGCAGGUUUACUAGUGAAGAGACCCUGAUGUUCUGCAUGAGGGUGAUGGUGGGAGUCAUCAUCCUCUAUGAUCAUGUCCAUCCUGUGGGAGCUUUCUGCAAGACAUCCAAGAUCGAUAUGAAAGGCUGCAUAAAGGUGUUGAAGGAGCAGGCCCCAGACAGCGUGGAGGGGCUGCUGAAUGCCCUCAGGUUCACUACGAAGCACUUGAAUGAUGAAUCAACUUCCAAACAGAUUCGAGCAAUGCUUCAGUAGAGCUCUGCUCAGAGAAGAGGAUCUAUGUGCUGACCUCAGAAGAUGUAUAUGUUUACAUAAUUUAAUACAGAUUGAUGUUAAUACUUGUGUAUUUACAUAACCGUUUCCUUCUUGUCACUGAAAUAUAUGGACCUUAAUUUGUAUCCUGACUGACUCAACCCAGCAGAGCAUAAAUUGACUUGAGAGCCUUACCUUUGAUGUCUGAAAUGAAACCCCCUUCUCCAAAGGCAAAUUUUGGAGACUUUGAUCUUUGCUACUGGAGUCCUUUAACAACACCUGUAACAAUCAAAAAUUUCUAAUUGUUUGUGGUAGUAUUUUAAUUCUAGAUGUGUUAUCUCUCUGGGAAGUAUAGUUUAUAGAAACACAAAAUAUUUGAUUUCCUGUGUCGGCUCAGCUACAAGAAACACAACUGUUAUCUUGACAGAGGAAGAAGGGAAUCCAAGAAAAAUGCAUGUGGAGAAUUAAACCCAAGUGUUUUGAAUUCAACACACCCCCUCUUUGUCCUCAGACUGCAAUCCGCACGUGCAACUUUUCUAUUUGCACGUGUUUUAUUAAUCAGCAUAUUCCCUUUCUGUUUGGAUUUAUAUCCCUCUAAUGUUCUCUUUUAAUUUCACAAGAAAAUACAAAUGCCUAUAUUUUGAUCAGUUAGUGGGAGAGCAACAGAAAUAGCUGUGCUCUUGCCACUGGACUGAUGAAGGAGGUUGUCUGAGAAGUGGGAGACAGGUCCGCAGAGGUGCACUCAGGCAACAGGACAGCAAUCUCUCUGCCUCAACCCUCUGCCUGCAGUGAUUAUGGAAAUGGAGCUUUGGCUUUGAAGUUAUCUGUAAAUUUACUAACCUUCCAGUUAUCUGCAGAGUGCUGGGAGCACAGCCCCUCCUCAUAGGAGCCCUGUUCUCUGAAGAUGAUUCAUAUGACAACAGAGGUCUAAGGUACUGCAUUAGUUACCAGAAAACUAGGAGAAUUUAGAGGGGAAAUAUCCAUGUUUUCUGUUUCUCUGGGUUUUAAAAAAUGGCUUUUCCCCAACCCUGUUUCUAGUUUGUUGCAAUGUAAAAGCCCUGGUGCGAGCACCUGAAUUGAGUCCUGGCCUUACUAAGGAGUCAUAGUGUGAUCUUGGGAAACGUGUUUAAGCUCUCAGAGUGUUAACUUCCUUUUCUCUAAAAUGGUCAAUUAAAACAAUCUUCAAGAGCCCUGUAAGGUUAAAGCCAAUAAAAUGACUGACUCUGCCCUUCUUCCUUAGUAAGUGAUAUCCAGUAAUCAUCGCCCCACCUUGUCUUGUUGAUGAACAAUAUUAUGAAGCCUGCAGUAAUUCUCUCUGUAGAUCAGAGCUUAGUCAGAAUGGAAUCAUGAAAAUCUUUGAUUCUGACCUCCCAAGGAAAAAUGAAACCCAGAGGAUGUGGUUAUACAGGAUGGCUCCCAUGUGGGCCUAGAACCCAGGAAGCUUCACUCUUAACUCCAUGCUCUUUCUUUUAUGCCAUGUGGCUGUGAAUACAUACUAUGGGAUGGGAUUCAACCCUUCUAAGUAAAUCCUCAGUAUGGUCUAUAUUAUUAUUUGCCUGUUUCCACUAGAAGGAGUCACCCAGAUGUUUAGUAAUUGAUAAUCCGAGAAGUGGAGUCUGAGUACAUCAGAGUUUGGCAUUAUUUGCAACAUCCCGGGAAAGAGCUGUAAGAUACCAUUGCUUUCCGGACUUUGGUGGUCAGCUGAUCUUUCUUUGGAUCCUCCAAGAAAAGGGAAAAAAUACUUGUCUUGUUUUGUUUUUAGCAAGGGAGCUCAGUCAAGUGGAAGGAAAGAUUCCCUGGUCUGUAUCUAAAAUCAGUCAACAGAGAAGGAAAAGGUUCUUUUCCUUGGAGAUUUUCAAGUUGAACAAGUACAGCUGCUUGGAGGAAGGUUCUCUCAUCAGAAUACAAAUAUGCUAGAUGGCCUUCAAGACUUUUUUGAACCUAAGGAUUCUAAAACCCUAGAGGAAGCUGGAAGAUAUGAUUAUACCAGGUGAGGAAAUUUAGGAGGUAUUCAUCUUAAGAGAUAGUCCAUUUGGUGUCACAUGUUACACUUGAGCAACGAUUUUCUAGAAUAUAAAUAUAGAACCACAUAAUGUUUAUCAUCAUCAGGUCAAUUUCUUCCCCUCUAUCAGGUGAGGAUAUUAAAGCUUAAGGAAGGGAAAAGACUUGACAACUACCACAGGGCUCACGAGGGGCUUGAACCCAUGUCGUGUGUCUCCACAACAGCUGCCUCUCAGCUGGCUAAAGGAGAAAAUGUUAAGGAUGAUCUGUCAAAUUAGAUUGAUCUCAGAGUAAACAGAUGAGCACAUUUAUAACUUUAAGUUAGACCUUCUAUCAAAUGGGACCAAACGUGAGGAAGGGGCUGCUGGCCUGCCCCAAUUUAGCCAGGCCACCUUGUUUUAAAGCCAAGAUUCAGCAGUACAUGGAUUCCGAGAAGUCCAGGGUCUGAAUUGUUGCCUCUGAUUACUGGAAGGACAGGUUAACUGAAUGUCUGUGAUCACUAACAGGUGAUGGGCGUUCUGCUCACUCCAGAGAUACUGUGGGAGACAAAUUCUUUUAACAGGCUGUCCACCCAGCAUCAGAAGUCAUUGAACAAUCAUGGAUUGUUGCGUUUGGUUUUUUGUUUCUGUUUUGUUUUUGCUUUCUGUGCUGCAUGCACAUGCGUCCAAGACUUACGGGUGGUUUAGGGGAAAGUGAUAGCAACAAUGUCAAUGUCAUUGUUAACUAUAUUUCAUAUUUGAGGUCUCAUUGUUUUCAAAUAAACAGUGUUUUCCAUGA